AAACAGGAACGUUUAAUGUGGAGAAGUGCUGCAGGGAUGACUUAAACUAUCAUACUGGUGUCAUGCAUCAAAAGAUGUGAAUGACACAUUCUUGAAGCACUUUAGAGGAGUUUUUAAAUUAUUGAGAUAUAUAUUGGGUAUCCUGAUAUUGACCCUUUGCGUGUGACGUCACGCUUCGUAUAGGAACGCCCCCGCUGUCUGAGUGGACGUCAACACGGAGCCGCCUGUCUUCCCACCAAACACAAAUCUCUUGUAAAGAAAACAACCGUAGGCUAUUUUGCUUGGGUUUUAUCCACUUCACAAAAAUGGUAAUCGCUUGCUGUGCUGUCGGCUGCACAAAUAGGCAGGGGUGCAAGCAAAACUUGUCUUUUUAUCGGAUACCUCUUGAUAAAGACAGACGACGAAGAUGGAUAGCAACUAUCAAUCGGAAGAACUGGCAGCCGUCAAAAUAUUCAAGAAUUUGCAGCGAACACUUUGUACAAGGAAAAAAGAGCGAGGACCCCUUGUCCCCUGAUUAUGUGCCAUCAAUUUUUGCCCAUACCAAGUCCCCAGCAAAAAGACGUGCUCAGGACAUUGUCAAGAAAUAUGACUUGCGACAAAAACUGAAGAAAAAAAGCUGCAGAUGUCAUCAAGAAAUGAAGCUGCCAGGACGCUCCUCAGUCUCUCAACCACAGUACCUGAGUUUGAAGAGGACACUGAAAAUGCAGUGGCAGUGUGCGACAACAUUUCAAAUGAGAUUAUGUGCCAAACCAGCCUCAGCGGAGAAGACAUUGAGAUUCUUCAACAAGAGUGUCAACUUUUGCGUAGUGAGACAUUUGAACUUAAAGAGAAGCUAGACUUGGACUUCUUUCAACAAAAAAGCCUUGAAAACCUAGACAAACUAAAAACACUCGCUGGACUACACAGUUAUGACGUGUUCAUGGCCAUUUUUGACCUUGUAAAGCCAUUUCUCAAAGACACGCCACACCUGACAGGUUUCCAGCAGCUACUCAUUACAAUAAUGCGUCUCAAAGAAAAUUUAACUGCAUCAUUUUUAUCUUAUCUUUUUGGUGUUCAUACUUCAACUGUGUCAAGAGUUUUUACUUAUGUGAUUAAUGUUCUGAAUGAGAUCUUAGUUCCAGCUUGUGUAUUGUGGCCCAAGAGGGAGCACGUCCAAACAUCUAUGCCAAUGUGCUUCAGAAAGUCCUUCAAACAUUGCAUGUCAGUUAUUGAUUGUUUUGAGAUAUUUAUUGAUAAACCAAAAGAUUUAAAGGCAAGGGCUCAAACAUAUUCUCAAUAUAAAUCCCACAACACCAUGAAAUAUCUGAUCAGCAUCACUCCACAAGGUGUCAUCUCUUUCAUCUCAAAGGGCUGGGGAGGAAGAAGUACAGAUGCCCACAUUACAGCUAACAGUGGCUUUUUGGAUCACCUUCAGCCUGGAGAUGUAGUCCUUGCCGACCGUGGUUUCACCAUCCAGAACCAAGUUGGCCUGUACUGUGCAAAGGUUGAAAUCCCUGCGUUCACACGAGGCAAAAAACAACUGGGCGCAGCUGAGCUGGAAGACACCAGGAGACUUGCAGCAGUCCGCAUCCACGUCGAGAGGGUCAUUGGCCAAGCUCGCUCCAAGUACAAGAUGCUGAAGGGACCGGUGCCCAUUAGUCUCCUCUCCACUGAUGAUACAGACUACACUACUCUGGACAAAAUAGUGAGAGUAGCGUGUGCCCUUACAAAUCUGUGCCCCUCUGUUGUGCCAACUGAUUAACUGGUGUGUUCAAUUUCCACAUAUGUGAUGAACAGUAAUGAUGCAUUUCAAGAAAGUAAUUUAAAGCAACUUUAUUUGACUGUUGCCACUUUACACUUGUCAAUGUAACAAACAGUGAAAUAAAAUAUAUAUAUAUA